UGGGUCAUCUUGGGAGUAUCAGAAGGUCAAACCAGGGUCAGAUUUUCCUUGGGUAUUGGCAUAUGUGCCUAUAAGAAGCUGCCAGAGAGUCCUGAAGGAUAAGUAUGGGGAGUUUUCUCCUCCAGUGUACCGUGGUGAUUCUCUGAUAAACUUUUGGUGCAACUGGACAAUCUGGGCAGGCUCCAGAAAGCAUAUAAUAAUUUAUAUUCAGGGCUUUAUCACUAAGGAGGGUUGCAACAAAAAUGAGGACAAAAUCCUAUUUGAAGGAGUUUCUUCACUGGUGGAAAACAGCGUGGUUUAUGCUUGCUGGAAAAAAGAGAUGCAUGUUUUUGCCACAUUUGCUCAGGCUGUCCACGUUGUGUUGCUGAAGAGGUACUUGCCAAACUGCAGAGAGAAACAAUUUAAAGGGAAAUACUACAUCUUCCAAGACCAGGAAGGUGAAUCUUCCUCCAAAGACUUUACUUCAGAAACUCCUGCUCCAAAACUACCAAAACAAGAUAGUAUUUUUCAGUCUGGUUGGGCUGAGGACCUCAGUGAUGAUCUGGGCUUUGUGACCACAUGUAGCACCAUGAGCCUUGGCAAGACCACAGUGUUGAGCAGUAGGUUGCUGUGGGGAAGAGAGAGCAUGCUGGGUACUAUGGCUGUGGGAAGUCCUCUUGAGCUUGUCCCAUAUGAAGGUGCAAUGACACCGCUCCUGGAAACAAAAUCUCCUUGUGUGCUGGUGUCUGAGCUGCGUGGAGGUCUGAGAUGCUGCAAGGAAGCUCAAGGCAGAGGAACACCUGGGGGCAUAAUCUCCACUGCAGCACAGGAUACCUGGAGUCAGAGUCUCUCCGUGAGUGGGGAUGUCAAUGUGGGUUUUCGUUAUAUGUGCAGGUCUUCAAGUGUGCUUUUGGAAACUCCUUUUCUUGGUGCCUUGCAGGUAGUGGAGCCUCUUUUGCAGCCAGCAGGCAUGACUCUGGAGAACAGGCAGUCUAUCCUGUACCCUACCCUGAGGCCAAAACAUCUGGGAGACCUACAGUUUACUAUUAAACCAACACACACAAUUUGCCUGGACUUGGCUGCACUUUCACAGACUCUUCCCCCUGGCAGAAGAAAAAGUAAAGACAGUGCAGAUACCACCAUGUACCAAGGGCUCAGCACAGUCAGUUUAGAGAAGGAUGAAAGACAUCCCCAGUUGAGUGUCCUGGCUGAUAACACAGUGAGCAGUGAUGCUGAUGGCUUUGCAAAGGACCUGAUGCCCAGCCUGAGUAGCCCAUGUGAAGUGGUAAAUGGGGAUCGCUUACAGUUGCUGCCUGAGAGAAGACAAAGAUGCCAAAGCAGUUUUGGGGAUUUGUCCAUGACUCAACCUGAGCUGGGAAAAACUGGCCUCCAACAAACAAAGCUCAUGGGUAUUUCCUUCACAGAAUGUGCUUUCCCAUCAACAACUCCCCUAAAAUUGUUGCAUCCCACAGCACCAUGGGACAUCUUCCAGGAGCAUCCUCAUUUGUGUGGCCAGAGCAGUCACAUCCUGAAUUCAGCCCCUGCAGACAUUGGGAGUCUUCCCCAAAAUGCCCAAGCACAUGACUGUCCAACUACUGGGAAAGCUCAUGCUUCCUCCUUGGGUGUAAAAAGCUGCCACCACCGAAGUGACAGAGCUGCACAGCCAGAGCUGGCUGUACCCAUUUUGACAACAGAACUGGAACAUCCUCCCAUAGCCAUGUCCACCCUAGGGGCAGAAAUAAUCCCUGAGCUGGUGGUUUCCUGCACAGAACCUUUCCCUGCAGACUUCAGCUCUACCAAUUUUGCCCCCAAAGUACCUCUUCCUCCAGAAGUGGAGCCUGUGUCCAGCAUUGUAUUCUCUCCACCAGCAGCUUUGGAUUUGGACCCUGUCAGCCUCAGGCAAAGGACAGGCAUCUCACUGGCUAGCCCGGGAGAAUGGGAGAUGGGCUCCCCUUCCCCACUUCACCAGUCAUCAGUAGCCUCUGAACCAGGCACAGAUGAGUCUCCCAGAUGCCUUGGCCCUGGAAUGCAAAAGGUGGUCCUGGGGGAGGUGGGUGGCCAGCAAGGAGAAGCCUCAGCCCUCACAGGCUUGCCAGCCGAGGGUCCUUCCCCAGCUUCUGUCACCAGCCCAAAGCUUGGUGUGGGGCUUCCUUGGUAUGAGGACCAUGUGAGCAGUGGCUUUGGGGUGGAACCAGCUUCCCUGCCUGGCACCUGGGGGGCAAGAAGAGAGGAGCAUGUGGUGCCUGUGCAGCACCAGGGCACAGGUGCUAGUGAUGAGCUGGCUUCUGCCUUCAUCCUUGGGGGGCUUAAAAUGCAGAAAACAACAGAAGUUCUCCAAGCAGGUGCAGGAAAGCAGAGAAAGGCUUCCUUCAGUGCCACUCCUGCACACCCUGGUCCUCCUGUGGCUCAGGGGGGAAAAACAGUGUUAAGAGGCCAAAAGUCUCAGGAGCUGCCUGAUGAUCCUGUAUCCAGAAACACCCAGAUGCCAGGAGGACAGCAACAGAAACAUGCUGAGCUGGGGCUGCCCUGGGCAAUUGAGUACUUCCCUAUCAGGAGCUGCCACAUCAUCUUUUGGGAUGUGUCCGGGAUGUUUUACCUGCCACUGCAUGCUGACAUUAAAACCAACAUCUGGUGCAACUGGACCAUAUCGGCAGGCUCCCAGAAGCACAUUAUCAUCUAUGUCCAGGGGUUCCAGGGAAGUGAUGGCUGUGGCAAGAACCAGGACAAGAUAAUCUUCCAGGGAGUCUUGUCAAGUGUAGAAACCAAAGUGGUGUAUGCCUGUCACAACCAAGGUACUCUGAUCUUUGCUACACAAGCUAUUGCGGUCCAUGUAUUGUUUCUAUCAGGGAGUGGUUCCCUAAGCCAUGAAUACAGACAUUUUAAAGGACAGUAUUACAUAUUCAGAGACUCUGAAACUGUGGGUUCUUCAAAUGAUACCAUAGCUCCCCAAGAGCCUGUCCAGGAGGGGUCCAAAAAAGAGAGCUGGAGGAUGGUGGUAACAAAAGUUUUUUUGCCCAUGCAGAGAGCCUCUCUGGGCCCAUCAGGUGUAUGUACUGGUGGCAGGAUCCAGCCUGAGCUUGUGAGCCCCAGUGAAGAGGCUCAAGGCCCCCCUGAUCUCAUGGAAGAUGCUCAGUCUAGUGCUAACCAGAGCAAACUUGACCCAAACAAGUGUGGUCAGCUGCAGGAUGAAACAGAGCUGGAAAGGAGUCUUAAGGAUGGUGGUACUGGGGGCAGAGAAACCAAAGAUGAUGUGCUCAUGGAGCUGUCUCCAGCUGGGCAAGACAUUGGAUAUAAAGCUGAGCUGUCUGUCUUGGAGAUUGCAAAGGGGGAUGUAAAGCUGGUGUCUGCUCUGGUCACCAUAGCUCUAUGUCACUCAGCAGGUGUCCCUUCCUCAGAGGUGCCCAGCAGUAACAUAGGUGUCUCUGCCAAAUCAUCUACCCUGGAUCAGGCCAGCAAUAGUCUGUUGGAAGAAGUGGUUGCUGCUGUACAUUGCACACAGACACCAGUGCUGGAAGAGCCAUUGCUGGACACAACUACAAAACCUCCUCUCCACCCUGCUCCUGGUGUGACUGCUGGAGAUGAGGUGUCUCCAGGAGAAAGGAAUGAAGAACAAUUUGAUCUGGUUUCUGCCCUGGCAUCUCUAGAGAAUGACACGGCACUGCAAUCCCAGCACUAUCCUGGAGAUGUGCUGUUUGAAGUAACUAUUGAAAUCAGACCCAAGGACUGGAUUCCUCGUGGUGGACGUGAGCUCAGAAAGGAUCUUCUUGAAUCUAUGAAGAACCAUAUCCAGGAGAAUCUGAAACUUUCUGCCACUAGAGUCAAUGAAAUAAAGUUAAAGGAAAUCAAAAGGAUGAGCAGUGCCAACCUGCUGCUCACCUUCUGGUUGCACCUGAAGCCGGAGGAGAGAAAUGUGUCUCUGCUGCUGCGCUCCCAGCUGGAGGACCUGCUUGGCACCUCAGCAGGAGUGGAAAACCUGCAGCUUGUUUCUCUGUUCGUUGAAGAUGUGAAUGAGUGCAGUGCUGGGGUUGGCCUCUGCGGGGAGGAGGCAGAGUGCUUCAAUGGUGUGGGCACAUACCUCUGCCGUUGCAAAAAGGACUAUGAAGAUCAUUCUCCCACCAAGUCUGGCACCCUCUGCAUCCGUGCUCCCCGAUCAGGGAUUGGCUUCUUUCUCAGCCAUGCUGACAUCCUGGUGGGGGCAGCCAUCAUGGGCAGCCUGGCAAUGCUGGUGGCUGCUGGUGCCCUGUGCAGGUCGGCCAGGUGGGGACGGUGCCCCAGGAGGAACCCAAGCCCUGAGGAGCCACCAGUGAGGGCCAUGGAGGAGCCAGCGAUGAAGCUGCAUGACCUGGGGGAGUGCCUGCGCCUUGACCCCUUCCAGCUGAAGCUCCGGGCCAGGCCCCCUGAGUGGCUCUGGGGUGCCCGGACCCACCCUGGCCAGGCAUACAGGGUCUUUCUGGAACAGUCCUCCCCGCUCUGAUGGGGUUCUGGGGCUCCCCCAAACCCUCUGUGGCCCUGGUGACC